CACACACACACACACACACUUGUAUCCGAUCUUGCAGUUGCUAAAUCUCUGGAUUUUUUGGUUUUGAAAUUGCUUAAUCCACACAAAAAAGACCUUGUGUUUGCUCAGUCUUCCUUCUAUAUAAACUUAGUGUAAUAUUUUGUCAAUUUUGAGCAUUUGUCACCAGUUUGAUUCCUGUUUUGAAAAUUGGUAACAGAAAAAGAUACUGCCGCAGAAGAACAUGUGUUUUACGCAAAUCUGUUAAAUCAUGCAGCAAUGUUUGAACAUGCCAAUUGAUUGGUGUUGCUAGUUGCUUCUCAGAAGCAUCAGUUUAGGUAUAUAAUUUUCAUAUCUCAAAUGUAAUGGAUUAAUGCAGGUUGAAAUUCAUUGUCAAAAUAAAUGUUUUCCUCUGAAAUUAACAUAUUAGCUGCUGGUGCUGAUAGCUACUGCUCAAGUGCACUGUACCAGUAUCAAAGAGAACUGCUUGCUUUGGUUGAUGUUUUUGUUCUGCGUUCUGAUGACAUUUGGACUUACAGGUAGAUACCAACAUUUCAGGAGAAACAUACUGUCUCCAUCUUUAUCACUGACACGCUUACAGGUUCACUCAGUGUCAAAAUUCGGAACAACAAUAUUGACAUAUUUACCACCAUGAGAACCUCAUAUUUCGAUAUCGAUUUUUCUCUCCAACAGAUGGCUUCCAGUUUCUGCAGUAUGUAUUGGAAAAUAAAUAGAAUUUAGGUAAAUUAGAGAGACAAAGGUCAGAUACCUUAUUAAGUUAUAAUAAUAUGAUUUUAGGUUCUAACAUUGGCAAGUACAUAGGUGGUUGGCUGAAUGUUGUUGCACCAUGUAGUCUGAUGGAAGUUUGCCAACAUUUCAGAGGUGCAUCAAGUAAGCCACAUACAAGGAACCAGCCAGUCGAGGCAGAACUUUGGCCGGACCAUUCGGGACGAGGGUGCAUCUGGCAAUGGCAAGGGAGUGAACAGUGGGAGAAGGGUAGACCGCAGCUUGGCCAUAAGUGUGGGAAGGGGGCGGACGGAUGGGUGUAGCUCAUAUAUGCAAGAGAGAGUGAGGGAAGUUGCCCUUUUCAGGGAGAUCACCAAAUAUAAGGAAAUGAGGGUAAACAGAAGAAACAAAGGAAGAGGGGCAGCCUCAAGAAAGGCAAGAAUAUAGGAAAAUUGAUAAGGGAGUGAAAGAUGUGGGGUAUGUAGACUGACGUAAAGAGUUGGGAGAGAGGAAAUAAGGAACUGGCCAGGACUGGGUCAGUUUCCUGAAAAGGACAGUGCACUAGCCUAGUGGUCAAGUUGAGACAAGCACUGUUGUAUAUUAGAGGCUUCCUGUGCCCUUUGAGGAAAUGGAUGAGGGGCUUCCAUUACCAGUUCAGUAGUAAACUUCUACCUGACUCCAUGUUGCAACAACCCAGAAAACAGGGUGAGAGGAUUUUAUGACAGCCAUCUUUAAGUUAUAUUAGAUAUGUAUCCUAACCUGAACUCUCUGGUAACCUACUCAGCUUGUUUCAGGGAGCGGAAUGUAACUGAGAAUACCAGUGGAGGGUAUGGAAGUUUGAGUGGCACUUAUAUACAUCAUGGCAAUAUUCUGCAGUAUGAUUCUACUACCAGCAGUACCAGUCUUUCAGCACUACAUCAACCCCACUAUGGUUCUGCUAGCAGCUUGAUAUCACAGCCAACUAGUAAUAUGUCGCAACAGUACGGUAACUUGCAGCCAUUACACUUACUCUCCAAUGGAAAUACAUGCCAGUCACUGGACGGGUUAAUGCCUCAGCAACAGCCACAUUAUGCGUCUGCCAGUAACAUCACUACGACGUAUUUUGGACCUCCAGUGCAACAACAGUACAGCUGUAGCAGUAAUAAUAUAACACCGCGUGGAUCCACGAGCAACAUCAGCAUGACAUAUCCUACAACUGCAUCGCAACAUUUCAGCUCUGACAGCAAUUCUGCACUCGUGCAAGUACAGAAAAGCAACAUCCAUAAUACAUUUCCAACUACUAGUUCAACAUUACUUCAUCAUAAUGAAACAGAAUUACUGGUUAAGGAAAUAGCAAUGUUGAACUUCAAUCAGAUGUGGAAUCAAACAGUUUCAAAAGCUAAACCAGGUGAAUCUCUCAAUUACCAGCCAAGUGCAUCAUCACCUGUAGUACCACAUUCCAGCAAUUUAAGUGGCAGUGUUACUUCUGUAAGUCAACGGCAGAUGUGUCCAUUGGGUGAAAGUAGUUUGACCUCUGUGUCUGCCGGAUUUUCUAGUUUCAGUACAGUGUCUGGUAAUGGCCAAAGCUUGGAUAGUGUUAGAAGUACUGUGAUGCAAGAGACUAGGAUUUCGGGAGUAUCUGCAGAGAAGCAUUUUUCUCCCAGCAGUAGUGUUCAGUAUCAGCAACAAGGAAUCAGCUCAGCAGGCUCAAGUGGAGGACAGGUUAUUAGCGGUGGAUCAACUUUCCCAGCUUGGGUUGGACUCAGACAGCAAGCAUACCAGUACAGCAGUACACCAGUGAAACCUGCUACUGAUAAACUGGUAAGUGUUUUGCAGAAAAUUGCAAGAAAUUAUGUAUCUUUGUAUUCUUAUGAAUGAUAAUUUUAUUGUUUAAUUUGGUGUGGGUCUCCAACUUCAGUCCAGUAACCACUUUGUUCUUACAGUUAUUUAUAUUCAGUUUCAUAUGUUAAAAUAAAAAUUAAGAGUGUCCAGAUUAAAAGCUGUGUUACCUUUACUAACAGCUGGGAUCCAUUAACAUUGCUGAAACAUUACUCUCCCCCCCUCCCAAAAAAAAAAAAAAUUCUACUGUGGUUUGACCACAGCUGUAAGUGGAUCAGUGACAACAUUGAGCUCGAUGUGGUUACUUUAUUUUGGAAGUAAAUGUAGAAGUGUUGUUUUAAUGAGAGUUCCUUGUAAUUGAAAAAAUUCUAUAGUGAAUACUUGUUAUAGGCACAUAAACAUGUGGAAAUGUAAAAAUAAACUUUAUUUUGUGUUUUCAUUUA